GUGCUCUGCAUUACCUACAUAACCUUAAAAAACUCACAAUAUUUACAUCCAUUAUUUCCUGUGUAUUUAACAUAAAAAGCAAUGAUUUAACAUUAAUACACCAUAUAAUUUACUAUAUUUUAACCGUUGUUGGUGCUGUUAUUCAAUAUGGCAAAUAUAGCGCAAAAAUACGAUAUUCUGAAUCCCAAGCACAUAAACCCCAAAUCUGUGACUUUUUCUGUAUUCACUGCAGAUGAAAUCAGGAAAAUAAGUACUGUAGAAAUAGUUACACCAGUACUUUUCGACUCUUUAGGAAACCCUGUAUCUGGUGGUCUAUACGAUAAGCGUUUGGGGCCUAUGUCCGAAAAAAGUGACCCUUGUGGAGUGUGUAACAAAAAUUCAUAUUCAUGUCCUGGUCAUUUUGGACAUAUUACAUUACCUCUACCUUUGGUAAACCCCCUAUUUCACAAAAUAAUUGCAACUGUCCUUAAAAUAUCAUGUCUAUCUUGUUACAAAAUACAGAUUCCAAGUCAUAUUAAAAAAUGCAUAGAAAUUCAACUGACUUUACUUGACAGUGGUUUAGUAACUGAGUCUCAAGAGCUUGAAAACAUUAUUUUGGACUUGAUAGCUCAGUUUGAAACCUUUGAAAAUAUCCCUGAGGAAAAUACUGACAAAAUAAAGAAGUACGAAAAAUUGGCGAAGAAAACUAAGGAUAAUGUUUUUAUUAAUAAAAAUGUUGAAGCCCUAAGAAAUGAAUUCAUAAACAAUAUGUUUAAAGAAAUAAAAACCAGUAAAUCUUGCAAAUACUGCAGAACCCCUAUUAAUACAAUGAAAAUAAUAAAAAACAAAAUUAUAUUGAACCAACCCAAAUUAUCACAAACCAUAGUCCACAACAGCUCCUUUUUAACCAAAGUAAGAGCAAUGGAGUCAAAAUACGUUACACCAGAAGAGUCAAAAAAAUACAUGCGGAGCAUCUAUACCGAGGAAAAAGUAUUUUUACGCAAAAUAAUAUCAGUUUUAAAUAACGUCGAUAUUACACACCCCACAGACAUUUUUUUCUUCGAGGUUAUACCCGUCCCCCCUACAAACGUCAGACCGGUAAACAUUGUUAAUGGUAGAAUCGCUGAAAACCCUCAAACAUCGACCUACAAACAAAUACUUUUCAACAUACUUACGUUAAAAACAACAAUAAGUUACGUCCAAAAUAAAACAGUCAAUAUAUCGGAUCAAGCUAAAGAAUUGUAUAAAAUUUGUAAAGGCACAAGUCCCGUAGAAAAGUUGAAUAAUUCGUGGGAGGAAUUACAAAAUGACGUUAAUGGUUUAAUUGAUAAGGAUUCUAUACGGUCCAAGGACGGAAUGGGCUUAAAACAGAUAAUAGAGAAGAAAACAGGGGUGAUUAGAAUGCAUAUGAUGGGUAAACGUGUUAAUUACGCGGCAAGAUCUGUUAUAACGCCAGAUCCUAACCUAAAUAUCGAUGAAAUCGGUAUUCCGGAAACGUUCGCAAAACACUUGACGUACCCUGUACCAGUGACAAUGUGGAAUGUUGAGGAAAUGCGUAAAUUGAUUAUGAACGGACCGAAUGUACAUCCUGGAGCCACUAUGAUUGAGUUUGAGGAUGGUAAAAUCACAAGGAUUAACACUAGUAAUGCUACACAGCAAGAAAGUUUACUGAAAAGGCUCCUAACGCCGGAUAAAGAUACUGCCUUUAAGGGAGUAAAAAUUGUGCACAGACACCUACAAAACGGCGAUGUUCUUUUGUUAAACCGACAACCAACCCUCCACAAACCCAGUAUUAUGGCGCAUACUGCAAGAAUUCUAAAAGGAGAAAAAACGUUACGUUUGCAUUACGCGAAUUGCAAAGCUUACAACGCCGAUUUUGACGGUGACGAAAUGAACGCCCAUUUUCCACAAAACGAGUUGGCAAGAAGCGAAGGUUACAACUUGGCAAAUGUAAGCAACCAAUACUUGGUACCUAAAGACGGCACACCUUUAUCCGGUCUGAUUCAAGAUCACAUGAUAGCAGGUGUGAAAAUGUCUCUAAGAGGAAGGUUUUUUAGUCGAAUCGACUAUCAGCAAUUGGUUUAUCAGGCAUUAUCGUAUAAAACGGGAGAAAUCAAAUUGUUACCGCCGACAAUCCUAAAACCGUACGAGUUGUAUUCCGGUAAACAAAUUUUAAGUACCGUUUUGAUGAACGUCAUACCGAAGGACAGGGCGAAAAUAAACAUGACGUCGUCCACGAAAAUCCCGCCACAGGCGUGGGAGGUGUUGCCGCCCAGAAAAUGGUUGGGAGGCGGAAGUCUUUUAAAAAACGCCAACGAUAUGACGGAAGCGGAAGUAAUAAUUAGGGAGGGGGAAUUUCUGGUGGGGGUUUUGGAUAAGACGCACUAUGGCGCUACCGCGUACGGUUUGGUGCAUUGUUUAUACGAGUUGUAUGGAGGAACAUACGCGAUUCGAUUUUUAAGUUGUUUGGCAAAACUUUUUACCAAUUUUCUGCAACAGGAAGGUUUUACUUUGGGUGUGAAGGAUAUUUUAACUUUUUCUAAAGCUGAUAAAAAAAGGACAAAAAUUAUUGAAAAAUCGCGGAAAAUUGGGAGAGAGACAAUUACAAAUGCUUUAGAUUUGCCUUUAGAUACUGAAGACAAUGAGAUUGUGAAAGAAAUCGAAAAAAGAAUAGCUGUGAACCCAAAAUUAAGAGCUACAAUAGAUAGAGAGUAUAAAUCAUCUUUGAACAACUAUACCAAUGAUAUAAACAAAGUAUGUUUACCAGCUGGUUUAAUCUGCAAAUUUCCACAAAAUAAUCUACAGUUGAUGGUACAAUCAGGUGCUAAAGGGUCUACAGUAAACACCAUGCAGAUAUCUUGUUUGUUGGGGCAAAUUGAGUUGGAGGGAAAACGCCCCCCCGUGAUGAUUUCCGGGAAGUCUUUACCCAGUUUUCCCGAUUUCGAGUUUUCCCCCAGAGCUGGUGGCUUUAUUGAUGGCAGAUUUAUGACGGGAAUUCAGCCACAAGAGUUUUUUUUUCACUGUAUGGCCGGUAGAGAGGGUUUGAUUGAUACAGCUGUAAAAACCAGUAGGUCAGGUUAUUUGCAACGUUGCCUAAUCAAACAUUUGGAAGGUCUUCAUGUGGGUUAUGACAUGACGGUCAGAGACAGUGACAAAAGCGUCAUACAGUUCAUGUAUGGUGAAGACGGUAUGGAAAUAGCUAAAUCGCAGUUUCUGAACGAAAAACAAUUCCAAUUUUUGAACGCCAACAAAAAAGUUUUGAAGGACAAAGACGUUCUAAAAAAAUUGCAGAACGACGAUGGUUACGGUAAAGUUGUCGACCAUUUGAACGAAAUUAAGGAGUGGAGGGAAAAAUUUGGAGGUAAUAAUAAUAAGAAGAGUCCAUUUUCAUUAUUCAGCACAGUAAUCAAGAAUAAGUUCGGGAAAACUAUUGACAGGAAUAAAACUACCAAACUAUGGGAGGAGGCUGAUGAAACUCUUAAAAAUGCUUUUAGAGUUCAAUGUAUACCUUGUCCAGACCCUGUGAAUGCCUUGUAUCAAGCCGAUAGCAAUUUUGGUUCUAUCAACGAAAGAUUGGAAACCUUGAUUGAUAAAUUUAACGCUAAACUUAUUAAAGAAAAGGAUAAGUCCACCUUUGAGAACAUUUUGAAAUUGAAAGCUAUGCAAAGUUAUUGCAACCCAGGUGAACCAGUUGGACUGUUAGCUGCACAGUCCAUCGGCGAACCUUCAACCCAGAUGACCUUGAAUACCUUCCACUUCGCAGGUAGAGGUGACAUGAAUGUCACCUUGGGUAUACCAAGAUUAAGGGAAAUUCUUAUGAUGGCUUCUAAGAAUAUUAAAACGCCUUCCAUGGAGGUGCCAUUUUUGAACGUCCCAAAUUUGGAGGAGAGGGCAGAAAAUCUAAGAAAAAGAUUGACCAGAGUGGUAGUCGCAGACGUAUUAGAAGAUAUUGAUGUUGCAGUUCAAUUGAACAUACCUCUCAGAGAGUACACGUACACGCUGAAAUUCAAAUUCCUACCGAAAUACUGCUACAAAGACGAGUUCAACACGAAUCCGAAACAAAUUUUGAAGCACCUGCGCAAAAAAUUCUUCACCGAGAUGUUCUCAGCAAUCCUGAAAUUCUCGAGGAUCAAAUCUAACAUCGUUACGAUGGAGGAACAAAAAUCAAAACCCAAAAAUAAAACCAAUAACGAUGACAGCGAUUUGGAGGAUGAUAAUACUAAAACUAAAGAUUUUAAUAACUCCAAAAAUAAUGAUGAUUCGUCCGAUGAAGAAAUUGAAGAUUCUGAAGACGCCAAAAUGACCACCAAACACGAUGAAGCACAUGAAGAUCAGGAGCCAGAAAAUGAAGAAAAAGAAAAAGACAGUGAUGACGAAAUGGAAGGGGACGAAAAUCUACCACAAUCUGAAACUGACGAAAAAACUGUGGUAGGUUCUUUCAAUUUCGCUCAAAAUUAUUUGGAAGACAAAGAGAGUCACUUAUGGAGCGAACUAACCUUUGCUCUACCCUUAAAAUUCAAAAAACUCGACCUAUCAACGAUUUUAAAGGAAGUCGCAAAUAAAUCUGUAAUAUGGGAAACAACAAAUAUUAAAAGGGCCAUAACUUACAUGAAGGAUGACAUUUUAACUUUAAGAACAGAUGGUAUAAACAUAGCGGAAAUGUACAAAUACAAUACUUUGUUAAAUCUCAACAAAAUAUAUACCAAUGAUAUUCAUGAAAUAUCAAAAAUAUAUGGUAUAGAGGCCGCUUCAAGGGUUAUUGUGAAGGAAGUCAAAGAGGUGUUUGGAGUGUAUGGUAUUAAAGUGGAUCCCAGACAUUUAUCCCUGGUUGCUGAUUACAUGACAUACAAUGGCACUUUUGAGCCUUUAAGCAGAAAAGGCAUGGAGAGUUCUUCAAGUCCUUUGCUGCAAAUGUCGUUUGAAUCUUCCUUAACGUUUUUGAAGAAUGCAUGUGCUAGAGGCAAAAAAGACGACUUACAAACCCCUUCAAGUUGUUUGAUGGUGGGAAAACCAUGUAACACAGGAACGGGUUCAUUUUCGUUAAUACACAAAUUACCAACGUUAAUAAAAAGUUGAUUUAUUAUAUUAUUUUUUAAUUCGAGUUAAAAUAAAAAACUUUUAAUCAUAAAAAAUUGUAUUUAUUACAAAAAUAUCAUUAAAUUUAUAACUAGGAAUGUAUACAUAACUAAUACUAUAGCACUAAAAAUAUAUUAAAUUUACAAUUCCUAACACUACCAGAUCUAAAAAAAUUACAAUAAAAAACGAUAAUAAUAAAUUAUCAACAAUAAAACACACAGAACUAUAAAAUCAGUUCAAUUAAGGAAUUAAAAAAAAAGGUUUAAAACUCUUUUGUCUUAAAGCGUUUAUACGGAAAAAAGGUGAUGUAAUAUUUCAUCUAGUCAACCUUUUCAGGUUUUUCUUGCUUUGUUUCGAGCAUGCCACGUAGUUUUUGGCCCUUGGAGGGCUGGGAGGUUCCACCACUUCAAUUGGUAACCUGGAGAAAAUUAAAAUUUUGACAUGUCGCGG